CACCGCCUGACCGGGACAGCGGCGGGGGCAAAGCGCGAUGACGUCACUUCCGGCCGGCGGGGACAAGGGGCGGAGCAAGUCAAGAUGGCGGCGCUGAGAGUGGGGCGAGGAGUUCCCAGCAGUUGUAUCUGGACCUUAUUGACUGUCAGAGCGACACCCCUGACACAUUGUGCGUUGGUGGCUCCCAUCCUCACACGGAACCUUGCGGCCGAAGCCAAGAAGACAUACCAGCGAGAGAAACCACAUAUGAACAUCGGCACAAUUGGGCAUGUAGACCACGGGAAAACCACACUGACUGCGGCUAUCACCAAAGUUCUGGCGGAGGCCGGGGGAGCCAAGUUUAAGAAGUACGAGGAUAUCGACAACGCGCCGGAGGAGAAAGCUCGUGGUAUCACCAUCAACGCCUCCCACGUGGAGUACACCACUCCGAACCGACACUACGCACACACCGACUGCCCGGGGCACGCCGACUACGUCAAGAACAUGAUCACGGGAACAGCACAGCUCGAUGGCUGCAUACUGGUCGUUGCGGCAACAGAUGGACAGAUGCCCCAGACCCGAGAGCACUUGUUACUGGCGAAGCAGAUAGGAGUGCAGCACAUUGUGGUCUACGUCAACAAGGCUGACGCGGUGGAGGACAAGGAGAUGUUGGACCUGGUUGAACUCGAGAUGCGCGAGCUGCUGACAGAGUUUGGUUACGAUGGCGAGAACACCCCUGUUAUCCUGGGCUCUGCCCUCUGCGCCCUGGAGAAUCGGAAGGAGGAGAUUGGAAGGGAUUCCAUCGUGAAGCUGCUGGACGCUGUCGACACAUUCAUCCCCCUCCCAGACCGGGAUUUGGAGCACCCCUUUCUCCUCCCCAUCGAGCAGAUCUACUCCAUCCCAGGCCGUGGGACAGUUGUGACUGGCACACUCGAGCGUGGUGUUAUUAAAAAGGGGGACGACUGUGAAUUUAUUGGACACAACAAGAACCUGCGAUCAGUGGUUACAGGCAUCGAGAUGUUCCACCAGAACCUGGACCGGGCAGAAGCCGGUGAUAACCUGGGUGCCCUUGUGCGAGGCCUGAAACGUGAAGAUGUCCGUCGUGGGAUGAUCCUGUGUAAACCAGGAUCCAUUAAGCCCCAUCAGAAGGUGGAGGCGCAGGUUUACGUCUUAAGCAAGGAGGAGGGAGGCCGUCACAAACCUUUCAUCGCGAACUUCAAGCCUGUGAUGUUCUCCCUGACGUGGGACAUGGCCUGUCAAGUGCAGCUCCCCACGGGCAAGGAGCUGGUGAUGCCCGGUGAAGACACCUCCCUGACGCUCACCCUCCGGCAGCCCAUGGUGCUGGAGAAGGGCCAGCGAUUCACCCUGCGCGAUGGUAACCGCACCAUCGGCACAGGCCUGGUCACCGCCGUCCACGAGAGCCUCGGCGCCGACGAAUUGAACUGGGGCUGAUUUGUACGGGCUCUACGUCCCACCCCGCUCCAUCACCACCUCCCGUCCGCCAACGAGCGGCCAGGGGAGGGGGGGUGGAAGGUUUCGCAAAGCUCGGAAGAUUCCAACAGAUGUUUCUCUCUCUCUCUCUCUCUCUCCCCCCCCCCACCCCGAAAAUGUUUUUUUUUUAUUUUGCAGAUUCCUCUAGCUCUAUGUCUAUGUGGAGUUUAAUUUAAAACACCUCGCGUUGUUAUAUUUUUUAAAUAAAGUCAGGCAAAACUG